UUUAUUCACAUGCAGAAGUGUAUGUAUUAUGUGUAUGGUCAGGACAAUUCCAAUUAAUUUCUUUGAGAUGAGUGUGCAAGUUUAAUGAUUCCCAGCAAUUAAAUGUAUCAUAUGGGUAAUAUGCAAAGCGGUCUUAGGACUUAACUCAUAUUGCUGGAAGUCACGGUGACGUGUCCAUUUUCACAAUGUGAUUACAGCAACAGAGUCUGAAUCGGCUAUGCAACCUCAUGUCCAAGUUACAAGAUCACAUGAACUCAGAUGUUUUUAAGGAAAGUUGGAAAGAAUUUAGGAAAUUUAUCUGCCACUUUAUCAGGCCCCUUCUGAUUGGAGGAGGUUGUUUGAGAACCUGAGAGGGGCAUGUAGCGGAAUUUUGCAGCUUUGAGUAAUUUUCUUGGUGCUCCACAUUGCCAACAUGGUUCCUCUGCUCCACCACGGACUCCUGCUCCUCACUCUGAGCUCUGUGUGCAGACGUACCAGCUCCGUCCCCAUGGAGAAACUGGCCAGCAGCAAGCUGUGUGCAGACAAGGACUGCUCUUAUACCAUAUCGGUGGCUAGAGCGAUCAGUGACUUCACUGCUCCAGACUGCAGGUUCAUCAACAUCAAGAGCGGCCAGAUGAUCUACGUCUAUUCCAAACUGGUUCCUGAGGAGGGCGGUGGAGUCUUCUGGUCUGGAAGUGUGUACAGUGACCGGUACGUGGACCAGAUGGGACUCAUCGGCUACUUCCCCAGCAACCUGGUGACCGAGAUGCAAGUGUACCAGGAGGGCACUGAGAAGAUGCCCACCACCAACUUGGAUUUCCACUGUGAUUAAGCCUGAGAAGAGGAUAAUGAACAAUAUCACACAUCACCAAUGAGAUAAGAAUGCUUCAGUACUUUUUUGUCAUUGGACUUAUCAGUUGAUGAACUUCAGCCCCUUUCAGUGGGGAAAUUCUUAAUUUUUGCUGUAGUAAGAAACUUAUUUCUCCUAAUUAUGAUACACAUUCUUCUGCAUUACCUUUCCAAUAAAGCAUGUAUUAGAAUGAAAGUUUGAAAAAGUCUUAUUUUCACUGAAGAGUGAGGGCUUGUUCAUAUCAAGUUUUAGUUCAGUUGGCAGAAUUGCACAAGUCCUGUUUUAUUGCAUUUAGAAGUGAUAUUUCGUCAGUGUGCUUUUGCUUUAAGACUGUUUUCAUGUAGAAUAAUCUGGAGCAGUGGAAAUGUCAUGUCUGGAAAUGUACUAGAUAUGAUCUUUUUUUUGUUUCAAUCCUGGCAAACGGGUUUCAUGAGAAUGUUCACCCUUGUCUUAAAAUAAGAAGUUUCUUCAAACGUAAAGAAUAAUCAGAGGGGCUGUGUAUAAAUACUGAAUUGAAUUGCAGUAAUUCAAACAAAGCAAUGCACAUCCCAGAGAGGUCAUUGUACCGCAUAUACAAUGACUUAUUAACAAAAAGCAUAAUUAUAAUCAAAACAUUUGUUCUAACUAUGUGAUUCUACUGCAAUGUAAAUAUCAGUUUCAGUAAAUAUUCCAAACCCUGUAACACUUAGCAAAGAACACGUACUUCUAGUCCCUCUCAACUGGGUUAGACGGCAAGCUAGUUUUAUAGGUUCACUGUUACUUACAAUACCUACAUACAGUGCUGCAAAAAAGUAUUUGCCCCCUUCCUGAUUUCCUCUAUUAUUGCAUAUUUGUCAGUAUAAAUUGUUUCAGAUCUUUAGACAAAUUGUACUAUUAGACAAAAGGAACCCGAGUAAACAGAAAACACAUUUUUUAAAUGUAUAUUUCAGUUAUUUAAUCAAAAUCAAAAUUAUCUAACACCGAUAUCACCCAUAUGAAAAAAGAAUUGCUCCCUUAAACUGGUUGCACCAUCUUCAGCAGUUUUCAACAUUUUAUGAUCUGGCCACCCCCAUUAUAAAUUAAAAAGGCUUUAUUUUCAAAAAAGGUUUUAUAUUUUGAAAUGUUUUUCCAAAUCCAUGUAUAGUAUUUGCAUAACAAGUCUGGACAGGGGUCCCUAGGACCUUCAAGGAUCUGCUGCUGAAAACCCAGACUGUACUUUCGGGCAAAGGAACGGAUGCUUUAAUAGGUUUUGGCCAGCAGGGGACACUGAAAGAGCAUAAAUCCAAAAUUAAUAAAUAAAUAAAUAAAAAUGGAUGGCAAAUUAACCUAUGUUUUUUGCUUGAUGAAAAUCCACGUAAACAAUCAUUUGAAUAGAUUUCAAGGUCUUCUCAUAAUUUUACUAAUGAUUUCACUAUUAAUUAGUUUUCCUUUAU